AUGAGCUGCGGACCGGCCGGAGCCAUAGCACUUUUGAUCGAGACACUUAAUGGCGAAAUGCAAAUUCAAGUUACUUGCAUGCUUGAGGGUGAAGUGCACCUUCGUAGGAUGCAACUAAUUUCACGAAUUGUCAAGAAGAUUAAUAGAAGAAGAAUAGCUAAAGCAAUCAAAAUACAAUCCAAGAAAGUGAUUGCAAAGAAUGAGUUAGAAAUUUCCCAGGAUAAUGUAAUUAUCGGAGGAUACCAUCGGAUCAAUAAUUAUUAUGAUGAUUAUCAUGAAGUAAGCUCAAAACUCAUGAAGCGGAAUUUGGAUAAUGUUAACGUUAAUAGUUCUAAAAAAGCGAGAGCUAUGAAGGAUAGCCAGAAAUAA